AUGGAUGGAGCCCUUGAUCUCCUGCUGGUGCAGGUUCAGGGGCUCGCUGCUGGCGGAGGCGUAACUCCGCUGCUGCUAGGCCUCCUUGGCUUUCUGGCAUGGCACUGGCUGCUCACCCGGCACAUGCCUUUGGCCAUGCAAAGUCAGCGGAAAGCGAGCAAAAAUGCGCCCAAGCAAGACGCGGAUUUAGAGAAGCAUCUUGAGGAGGAGCAAGGAAAAGUCUUAGCGCGAUCCUGGAAAACUGCGUGUUACUAUGUGGUGCAUUUGCACGUGUCGCUGAUUCUCGUCCUCAUCUACGAGUUUUUCCGGAAGCGCGACGUCUCCUCCCUGAUAUGGCUUGCAGCUUGUUUGGUCGUCUACGGGGGCUUACUGGAUCCCAACCGUAAAGGUGUCCCCGAGAUAACAGCUCGGCGGGCCAGCUCACAAUUUGCUUGCUGCCUCUUCGGCUGGAUGGUCUGCCUUGUUGCCAGUGCCUGGGAGAACCAUCAGGACUUUCUCGUUCGGCGAGAUCUGCUGAUGAUGGCACAGACCAUUAUGGUGAUCAUCUAUCCAAACAUGACAGUGGCUAGCUGCUUUGCUGUCUGUGGAUGUGCUGGCUACGUUUGGACUACAUGGCAGGUAUUCGGCUCAGAAGCUUUGACCUUGUGGUUUUGCAUCAACCAGGUCUAUCAAGUUGUGAUCGUUAUCCUCUUCCCCGCCUUCACUCAGAUGAAUCACAAAGAAUGCAUCCUGUCGAGCUUCAAUUCGCAGGAUGCAGACUCGCUAGUGUGGGCUUUCCGGCAGGUGCUGAAAGGAGUAUGCGAUGGUGACCUGUUACUUGACGAUGAGUUGAAGAUCUGUGGAGGCUCCAGUUGCCUAAAGCGCAUGCUGGAGACACCAGAGGACAAAAAGGGCCAGGCUUUUGUGGACCUAAUCGUCACGGACGAGAAAGCAAUAAAAAGCUUUGACGAGUUUGUGCGAGACUCUUCAAAAGCUGCUCAACAUGAAGGUAGUGCGCCUCAAUGCCUGCGCGUAGCCCUCAGGGGAUCGAGACGCCUGGUGAGUGCUGACGUGUUUCACGUCGCGCUUCCCAAGACGCUGGGCGUAUCGUCUGGGCGGCAUUUGCUGGCAAUCGCGGAAGAUGCAGACUCUCGAAGUCUCAUGGAUGCUGAGAAGGAUUCUAUCCCCAGCAGCCUUCUGAGCAGUCGAUCUUCCUUGACCGGGCCGACUGCCCCACAGUCCUCUCCGCCAUCUGUGACAUCCAUGGAUAGUGGCAUGACCGAAAACAUUCACAUGUUCGAAGAGCUUGCACAGCUAACGCUGACACUGAACGCCAGCACCGAGCUCAUGGAUGUACCUGAAAUCAUGAUGCGCUUUUCAAGGCGCACAGAUGAGGACAAGAUCGGGUUCGGGAUGCCCACGAUGAAGAAGUUCCUUCGUCCCCUCGACUGGUUCCCCUUGGAGGCGAAACUUCGCCAGUACGCCCGGGCCGCGCGAAAGGAGCUUCCAGCGCAGAAGAAGCUCGCGCCCCUGAUGUUCCGGGUCCCCGGAGACUCAAGGAACUUCAUUCGUGCCCGAGGAGUAUCUUUGAGGUCUGUUUUUAAUGGCCCUCGUCCAGCUGGACAGCCGGCCUUUCUACAUCUGACCCUGACUGAUUUCAAUGAGGAGCGGCGGGCAACAACCACCGAGCCCUCGUUCCUGACUUGUGUAGAAGAAAUUUCUAAGGCAAGGAGGGCACCUCCCGCAGCAACCCAGGAGGAAGACUCCAGACCUGUUUGA